GGAAACUUUCCUUUUGCUGUUUAAAGCUUGUUAGAAUUAAGAAACAAACAUAUGCGAUAGCGUUUGCUACAAUCUUAAAGUAAAUUAUGAAGCAAAUGAGUUUGUUUUCUUCUAUACUCUGUUUUGCCCUAAUAAGUAGCUUUGGCGUUGCUUCGGUUUCAGCACAGACAUGUAUGGAUAAUGAUGGGAAUUUCAGGCCCAACGGUACCUACGACACAAACCGACGUCGCAUCCUCUCUUCACUUCCUUCCAACGUCACGUCUCAAGAGAGCCGGCUCUUCUUCAACGGUUCGGUAGGACAAGAACCUAACCGUGUCUAUGCAGUAGGGAUGUGCAUCCCUGGAUCAACUUCAGAAGACUGUUCUGUUUGUAUCAAGACCUUAUCUGAUCGUUUGAUAAAGAAUUGUCCUAACCAAACAAACGCGUUUGAUUGGCCUGGUGACCCCACGCUCUGCUAUGUGCGCUACUCCAACACUUCUUUCUUAGGAUCUGUGAAUAUGUACAUGCCUGGAGUGUUCUACAACACAGGAGAUAUCACCUCAAAUCUAACAGAGUUCACAAGAAUAUGGGAAGACUUAGUUGGUGGUAUAAUAAAUGCAGCCUCCACAGCAAAACGCACACCAUCCUCUAGUAAUAACUAUUACAAAGCUGAUGUGGCACCCUUGGUAGCUUUCGAGAACAUAUACGCUGUGAUGCAAUGCACGCCAGAUCUUUCCUCUGGUGAUUGUGGUAACUGUCUGCGACAGAGCGCAAGGGACUACAAGUCAUGCUGCGGUCAGAAGCGAGGAGGUGUUGUUAUGCGGCCAAGCUGCUUUUUCAGGUGGGACUUGUAUGAAUACUCCAAGGCCUUUGAUAAUAUCACGGUGGCUUCUCCUCCUCCUCCUGUGGCUUCUCCUCCUCCUCUUUCUCCUCCUGUGACUUCUCCUCCUCCUGCAGAUGAUCAGGCCAGCACGACCGAUAACGAUAGCAAAGGAAUCUCAUAUGGAGUUGUUGCGGCGAUCACCGUUCCAACUGUCAUUGCCGUAUUUAUACUGCUUGUUCUAGGAGUUGUUCUUUGUCGGAGGAGAAAGUCAAUGCAAAGGACUGAAGUUGAAUCUGAUAGUGAUAUUACUGAAAGCAAAGGCUUAACAGAGGUGAAGAGAGGUGAAGAGGUACGGAUUGCAGCAGGGAUUGAUGGUGCUGCGUCGUUUUGCUCAGUUGUGCACUUGGGCCUCCACACUUGA